UAUAUAAACUGCAGUUGUCGCAAUGGCGUGACAGUUUUCCAGGUAUUUUCUAAGUUUAAGGUAUAGACUUUGUCAUGUCACGUUUGGUUAUACUUUUUCUGUCCCUGGCUUUGUUGUGUGGCAGCUCUGAGGCAGAUCUGAGCGAAUUCCUGGAUGAGGCCGAAAAAUCUUUGCAUACUUUUCGAUCAUUUGCGGCGAUACCCAUAAAAUUAAUUAAUUCAAUUCUGGGCACGUCGUCCGAUAAGAAAGAUCCCCCACAUGUAUCUGGUAAACGAGUCACCGCUGAGGUGGGAGAUGGCAGCGAUCUGAUUACGAUUAUAAAGAGUCCCCAAUCGCCUCUGGGCGUUUCACAUGUCCGAAGACCCUAUCCGGCAUAUGUUGGCGAGGAUUCGCUAGUCUUUUUUCACAAUCAAAGGCCACAAGCACGCGGAGGAUUUGGCCCGGACAACAGAGACAAGCCGCCUUCUGGAGUGAAGCAAGCACAAAUACCAGGCGGUAUCUCUCCGGAGAGAACUAACAACGGAGUCGGAGUACCUGAUGGACUACAAGGCAAUCCGAAUGGCGGCGGCUUAAAUGGUGAAAGCAAUGAACAACAAACUGGUGGUUCAGUUGGCGGUUUGGAUAACGGAUUCACAGGCGGAUUGGCUAAUGGGUUGAAUAGACCUCAGGUUGGGUGGCCGAUGGGUUAGCGCCUUGAUUGACAGAAAGAUGGAUGGACUGCAGAGGAACAGACGCUAAUUUGUUUGAAAAUGUGAAAUGCUGAUAAAUGUCGAAUUGUAUUCCUUAAAAGAUAUGAAUUAUUAUAUGAUUUCAAAACAAUUAAUUAA